AUGGAGAGAGAAUCCUGGAGUUUGAGUGACGUGUGUCUAGUUUUUGGAAAACCCUCAGGCUGGCAGACUGCUACGUACAUAGCUUUUCAAUAUGCUGCGGAACAUGUUGGAUUUGCUCGACAGCAGAUAAAAUUCAUUUCUGAAACAGAGGCUUUCCUUCGAGAGUACCUUAAGAAGGAGAAAACGUUCAAUAUUGGCGAUAAGAUUGUCAGUGUUGAUUGUGGAGGGUAUACUGUGGAUAUUGAUGCCCACCAAAUUCUUGAAUUGGAUGAUAGUAUUGGAACAGCAACACGAGUGUCAUCAGCUGGCAUUCUGCCAUUGAAGCAGAUGAGAGCAGAUGAGAGCAGAGAUCCUCCUUGGUCGAAGGGCUUUCUGAAUAUUCGAUGGACAACAAUCGCCGAUAUGUUUCAGAAAAAUUCAAUUGUCCAUAUCAUAGAUGGGCUUCGAGAGUUCAUCAAACGCAUCCCAACCAAACCAACACGUGUGGUCCUUGGCGGUGGUUACUUGAAUUUGCCUCUUGUUGAAAAGAAUUUGAGCGAGCUUGGGAUGGAAUUGAAUAUAAAAUUUUGCCUGCAUCCAGACGAAAUCAAGACUUUUGAAGUCUUCAUAUUCUAUUUCCUCAUGUAUCCCUGGUCGCCUCGAGAUGAGAAGGCAAAGCCUCGGAUGAUCUUUGAGCCCUUCCGAGAGAAAAAUGUUGAAUCGUGGGCGCUUCAAGCCUACGAGUGGCUAGGAAGAGUGGGGGAUCCACUUGGGUCAACCCAAGUAUUCACUGUUGACAAAAAGGAGUCCCAGUGGCGUGAGCGGAACAUUCAGACGUUAGAUGACCUUGUUUGGAAUGAUACCAUUACAUCAUGGAGUGGUCAUCCUGGUCCUCAACUCUGGACAAUACCUGCUCGGUCAGAAGGACUCCAAGAGAUCGAGACAAUAUGUUUGAAAGUGGAUUUCCGCAACAAAAUUCCGGAUUUCUCAGCGAUGUUGCACAGGAGAGGGUAUACAGAUGUAUAUCGCAUCAAGUACUGUGUGGAGCUACACCUGGAUGGAGAGUCCCUCACCUUCGUCAUUAAGACAAAGGACAAACAUGGAGAUAUUUAUAGCCUUCAUUUGGAUCAACGAGGAACGAUAUAUUCGGUCACGUUGAAAGGAGACUGUGCACAAUUGUCUACAGACAAAAGGCGCGACCUGUUCAGUUCCACCUCCACCGAAAGUAGCAGUAACGCUUCAGAAAGUAAUCGGACUACAGGAAGCAGUGCUACGGUCUCACCAGUCACGCCGUGUCGAACCCCUCCGACCACACCAAUUUCAACUUCAAUUCUGGAACUGGAACUGGAACAAUUGGAUGUAGAUCCACCAAGCCUGCAAUUACUGCAAGGUAUGGAGUUGCCGAAUCCCUUUUCUCCCAGUUAUCCGAAACAGAGACAGGGUUUCAAGAAAUCUCCCCGCCGUCGUCGAAGAAAGAAGCAAAAGAACACAGCAGCGGUGACGACGUCGAAUGGUACACAUGGCACACCAACAGUAUUGCGACCCGAUACUCUUGAUGCUAUUGGGUUACCGCUUGGUAGACCUGAGUAUACUGUUGACGAGAUUUCUCUUUUGGCCCCUCCCUUGUCUCAAUCAUCUGCGGUUCCGGAUGAUACGAUCGUUAUUGCACCGCCUCGGAAGAAUGUUUCCUUUCUUACUCCGGUAAAGUCUAGAUGA